ACGGUUUACUAGGGUUUUAUUGCAAUCUUUUCUCCUAUGAGCCAUCAAAUAACAUAGAAAUCAAACAACAAUACUAGGAGCCAUAAUUUCGUUCUUUUUCCCAUUGCAACGAUCAUGGAACCAUGAAAAAACCAUGCUACAAAAUCAAACAAGAUACCAAACACACACCCAAAUGAAACCAAACCUAAACGAAUUCGUAACAACAAUACUAAACAAAAGCAACCACAUAAACCAUUUGAAACAACUCCAAUCACACUUAACAACACUUGGUCAUUCCCAAACCCAUUUCUAUGUCUUCAAACUCAUUCGUUUUUGCACUCUCAAACUCUCAAAUCUCCCUUAUGCUCAUCAAAUCUUCAACCACAUUCACUCACCCAAUAUCUACCUUUUCACUGCCAUCAUCACUGCAUAUUCAUCAUCUCAACAAAAAAACAAUCAUUUACUCACUUUCUCUCUCUUUAAAAAAAUGCUUAAUACUUCAAUUGCUCCUAAUCAUUUUAUUUACCCCCAUGUUCUCAAAUCAUCAAAGGAACGGUUUUUAGUAGGUUGUGUUCAUUCCCAGAUUGUAAAAACUGGUUUUUUAUAUUACCCAGUUGUUCAAACGUCUCUUGUCGAUUCGUAUUCUAAGGUUUUGAGGGGGUUAGGUGAUGCACAGAAGAUGUUUGAUGAAAUGUCUGUGAGAAAUGUUGUUUCUUUUACUGCUUUGGUUUCUGGGUAUUUGAGAGUUGGUGAUGUUGGGAGUGGUUUGAAGGUGUUUGAUGAAAUGGUUGAACGGGAUGUUCCGGCUUGGAACGCGGUGAUUAGCGGUUGUACUCAGAAUGGGUUUUUUUCGGAGGGGAUUAGGUUGUUUAGAGAAAUGAUUUUUGUUGCUGCUGCUUGUGAGGGAGGGUUUUGUAAGGGUAAUAAGCCGAAUCAGGUUACUGUUGUUUGUGCGCUUUCGGCGUGUGGUCACGCUAGUAUGCUUCAGCUUGGGAAAUGGAUACAUGGUUAUGUUUAUAGGCAUGGUUUUGUUGUUGACUCGUUUGUUUCAAAUGCCCUUGUGGAUAUGUAUGGGAAAUGUGGGUGUUUGGAGUUGGCGAGGAAGGUUUUUAAUAUGGACCAAUGUAAGGGGUUGACUUCGUGGAAUUCGAUGAUUAAUUGUUAUGCAUUGCAUGGGAAAUGUGAGGGUGCGAUUGCGGUUUUUGAGCAAAUGGUGGGGUGGGGUGUGAGGCCGGACGAGGUUACCUUUAUUGGGUUGUUGAAUGCUUGUACUCAUGGUGGAUUGGUUGAACAAGGUUGUGGCUAUUUCAAUAUGAUGAUUAGCGAGUACAAGAUAGAGCCUAGGAUCGAGCACUACGGGUGUUUGAUAGACCUUCUUGGUCGGGCGGGUCGAUUUGAUGAAGCUAUGGAUGUUGUGAAGGGAAUGAACAUGGAACCUGACGAGGUGGUUUGGGGUUCUUUACUCAAUGGAUGUAAGGUUCACGGUCGUAAUGAUUUGGCGGAAUUCGCAGCCAAAAAACUAAUCGAAAUCGAUCCACAAAAUGGUGGUUAUGGCAUAAUGUUGGCUAAUAUAUAUGGAGAAUUAGGAAAGUGGGAUGAAGUGAGGAAUGUGUGGUGCAAAUUGAAGCAACAGAAGUCUUAUAAGGUUCCAGGAUGCAGCUGGAUUGAGGUUGAUGAUCAGGUUCAUCAAUUCUAUUCACUUGAUCAGUCUAAUCCAAAGACAGAAGAGUUGUAUAGUGUUUUGGAAAGUCUGAUUGGUUAUAGAAGUGAAGUCAUGGUUGAAAUGUAAGCCUUAAUCACUUGAUCUCACAUCUUCAUCCAUUCACGUCGAUAGUAGUGUUGUCAAAUAGCAACUAUAUCGGAAGCGGAAUUUGAAUAAAUCGCUAUUGUUCUAUGAUACACUAUUUAGUGCAAAAUAUUGUCAAAUAGAAGGUAUUGCUAUAGCGAAUCGAGAAUUUGAACAAAUUGUUAUUUCUUGCAAAAUAUGCAAUUGGCAAUGCUGCUCCAUAUUUGGAUGAUCUAAACAAAGGAAGAGGAAGAGGCAUUGUAGUUCAGAAGAAUAGAAUCCUGAAAUCGAUCGAUCACUAUAUCAAAUGCUGAGCUUGCUACUGAUUUCUGACACAUACUAACAGUCACAAGGCCAAGGAUUCCUAUAGGGAAACUUAAUUGUUUGAAGGAAUAUUCUACGUUCAGAAGAUUUUUCAAGAAAGAGAAGUGUUCCUUAUAAUAAAGUUGACAUAUACUAGAUUCUUCUUGUUCAAUAGUUAAAAUUUAAAAAUAAAAAAUCUCUUUCA